ACGCACUUUUCUCUAGAAGGAAGAACAUAACCGAAACUUCUUCAUAUAUUCAAGCAGCCUCUAGGUUGUCCUCACAAGGACCGGAGCCUUUCAACGCACUGAUUCCUCAUAACAAUCUCCGGUUUCUUGCUCUGCAAGUCAUCGAUUCAAGCACACAAGCUUUGAAAUUGGUCACGGAACAGAGAACUUGAAGCUUGUACAACAAAAUGACUUGGUUUAGAGCUGGAUCCAGUGUAGCAAAACAUGCGAUAAGGAGAACACUAUCGCAAGGCGUCUCAAACGCAGCAAGAACACGUGCUCUUCCUUCAGGAAACCGACACUUUCACACAACAAUUUCAAAGUCAAAAGCACAAUCUGCACCCGUCCCGCGUGCGGUCCCACUUUCACGUUUAACCGACAGUUUCCUAGACGGGACCAGUAGUGUCUACUUAGAAGAGCUUCAAAGAGCAUGGGAAGCUGACCCAAACAGUGUUGACGAGUCAUGGGACAAUUUCUUUAGAAACUUCGUGGGCCAGGCUGCCACGACACCUGGCAUAUCAGGCCAAACGAUACAAGAAAGCAUGCGGUUGCUAUUGCUUGUGAGAGCCUACCAAGUUUAUGGUCACUUGAAAGCAAACUUGGAUCCUUUAGGUCUAGAACCGAGGGAGAUUCCCGAUGAUUUAGAUCCCGCGUUGUAUGGUUUCACUGAAGCUGACUUAGAUCGCGAAUUUUUCCUCGGGGUAUGGAGAAUGUCCGGUUUUCUAUCCGAAAACCGCCCCGUGCAAACGCUAAGAGCAAUUUUAACCAGACUUGAACAGGCAUAUUGUGGAAGCAUUGGGUUCGAAUAUAUGCACAUUGCUGACCGUGAACAAUGUAAUUGGUUACGGGAUCGAAUCGAGACCCCGAUUCCAAUGGCGUAUAACCGUCAAAGAAAAGAGGUCAUUCUCGAUAGACUCAUUUGGAGUACUCAGUUUGAGAACUUCUUAGCGACGAAGUGGACCGCUGCAAAACGGUUUGGGCUCGAAGGCGGUGAGACGUUAAUCCCGGGAAUGAAAGAGAUGUUUGACCGGUCAGCUGACCUCGGGGUCGAAAGCAUUGUGAUCGGAAUGUCUCACAGAGGAAGAUUAAAUGUUUUAGGUAAUGUCGUUCGGAAACCGCUACGACAAAUUUUUAACGAAUUUAGCGGCGGCAUUAAGCCGGCGGAAGGGCUUUAUACUGGAACCGGUGAUGUAAAAUAUCAUCUCGGGACUUCUUAUGACCGGCCGACACGUGGCGGAAAGAGAAUUCAUUUGUCGUUAGUUGCAAACCCGAGUCAUUUAGAAGCCGUGGACUCUGUUGUGGUCGGUAAAACUAGGGCUAAACAAUAUUAUUCAAACGAUGUUGAUAGAACAAAAAACAUGGGUAUUUUAAUUCAUGGGGACGGAAGCUUUGCGGGUCAAGGUGUCGUAUACGAGACGUUGCAUCUUAGCGCGCUUCCGAAUUACACAACGGGCGGGACCAUUCAUAUCGUUGUGAAUAACCAAGUUGCUUUUACUACCGAUCCGAAAUCCGGAAGAUCUUCACAGUAUUGUACUGACGUCGCUAAAGCUUUGAAUGCUCCUAUUUUUCAUGUUAAUGGUGAUGACGUGGAAGCAGUUGUUCAUGCGUGUGAGCUGGCUGCUGAGUGGCGCCAGACGUUCCAUACAGACGUUGUGGUCGAUAUUGUCUGUUAUCGUCGAUUUGGGCAUAAUGAAAUCGAUGAACCAUCCUUUACACAACCUAAAAUGUAUAAGGUUAUACGAAACCACCCUUCAGCGCUCGAAAUUUACCAAAAGAAACUUCUAGAAACCGGUCAAGUGACGAAAGAAGAUAUUGAUAAGAUUCAUAAUAAGGUUACGUUGAUCUUGAAUGAAGAGUUUCUUGCCAGCAAGGAUUAUGUCCCUCAAAAAGGGGACUGGCUUUCUGCUUUCUGGUCUGGAUUCAAAUCCCCUGAACAGCUUUCACGGAUUCGCAACACUGGUGUCAAACCUGAGAUAUUGAAGAACGUUGGGAAAGCAAUUGCAACCCUUCCGGAAAACUUUAAGCCUCACAGAGCAGUUAAAAAGAUAUUUGCAGAUAGGUUAAAAAUGAUCGAAACUGGGGAGGGUGUUGACUGGGCUGUUGGUGAAGCUCUUGCGUUUGCAACAUUAUUGGUGGAAGGCAAUCAUGUGAGGUUAAGUGGACAAGAUGUUGAAAGAGGUACUUUCAGUCAUCGGCAUUCUGUAGUCCAUGAUCAAGAAACGGGAGAGCGCUAUUGCCCGUUGGGCCAUGUUGUUAUGAACCAGAAUGAAGAAAUGUUCACCGUAAGCAACAGUUCUCUUUCAGAGUUUGCCGUUCUUGGAUUUGAGUUGGGUUAUUCAAUGGAAAACCCGAAUUCACUAGUGAUAUGGGAAGCCCAAUUUGGUGAUUUUGCUAAUGGAGCUCAGGUGAUAUUUGAUCAGUUUUUGAGCAGUGGGGAGUCCAAAUGGUUACGUCAAAUAGGGUUAGUUGUGUUGUUACCUCAUGGUUAUGAUGGUCAGGGACCCGAACAUUCUAGUGCACGACUCGAACGCUUCCUUCAGAUGAGUGAUGACAAUCCAUUUGUUAUACCCGAAAUGGAACCAACGCUACGCGAUCAGAUUCAAAAAUGCAAUUGGCAGGUUGUCAACGUUACAACUCCAGCAAACUAUUUCCAUGUUCUUCGUAGGCAGAUUCAUAGGGAAUUCCGUAAGCCACUUAUUGUAAUGGCUCCGAAGAACUUGCUUCGUCACAAAGACUGCAAGUCAAAUCUAUCCGAGUUCGAUGACGUACAAGGUCACCCUGGUUUUGAUAAACAAGGGACCAGAUUCAAACGCCUGAUCAAGGACCAGAGUGGACACUCGGAUCUCGAAGAGGGCAUUAGACGUCUAGUUCUAUGCUCUGGAAAGGUUUAUUAUGAACUUGAUGAAAAGAGGAAGUCAACCGAAAGCAAGGACGUAGCAAUCUGUCGUGUGGAGCAGCUUUGCCCAUUCCCUUACGACCUCAUCCAGCGUGAACUAAAGCGUUAUCCAAAUGCUGAGAUUGUUUGGUGUCAAGAAGAGCCGAUGAACAUGGGGGCAUACAAUUACAUCGCUCCUCGCCUUGCAACCGCCAUGAAAGCACUGGACAGGGGUAAUUUAGACAAUAUCAAAUACGUAGGUCGCGGUCCAUCUGCUGCCACUGCAACCGGUUUCUACACGGUUCACGUGAAAGAACAGGCAGCACUCGUUGAGAAAGCCAUAACCUCUGAUUCCAUCACCAAUCCGACACUCGCCUGAAACAGAACAGUAAGGUAUUUUUUUCAUGAUACUGGUCAAGUGUACACAUAUUGUGGGCUCGUUUAUGAAUUGUCAACCUUUAACUGAGACGGUUUUGUACCCCCACCCCCUCGGCUUGUUAAGGGGGGUGUAAUAAUCACAUCUAACGAGUGCCCGCUUUUGAGGCUCCUAUAGAGAAUUGAUCUUAGCCACACCACAUGCGCGUUAAAGGUGCAUUUUGUUCUCUAUGCU